ACCACGUUAACCGGUUCCUUCAACCAGCUCCCAGUCAAGCUUUUUUUCCGACGGUACACACGCAUUCCGUUCCUUCAGCCCGUGCCGAAUCACACUCCAGAGUAAAGAAGUAAUCUAACCCUGUUUGAUUCGUUCUUCGGCUUCUGCCGUCGUCGUUGUUCUUUCGUCAUCAUGAUUUCGUGUGCUAUGUGUUGACACCAUUUGCGACGACGACAACUAUAAAAGAAACAACGCGAGAGAGAAACGCAGCAGAAACCGCGAUCUUUUUUGUUUUUCCUUUAUCUUUUCUUUUUUGUAAUAACAAAAUAAGAGCAAAAGAGGAAAAAAUAAACUCAACACGUUGUUCUGGUGAAUUAAAGAAUCGAUUAAUUCUACGGUCCAAGUGUCGAGGGACCUAACGACAUGCUGACCGACAUGACACCAGCCGCGGCUGGUCAACUUUAUCCGCAGCUGCAAUCCAUCGCCAAGUCACCCGCUCAUGGACAUGUGG